CUUUGCAAGCAGUGAGCAGCUGAAGUUUUCUACAGUUACAAAUGGAGAUCAUGCAGACAUCAUGAUUGCUCACUGCCCUGUAUACAGAGACCUGGCAGCGAAACUGAAACUUUGUAUUUACUAAACAAGAACUCCUCAUUCUAAACUCCUCAUUCUCCACCCUGGUUGCCCUGGACCCUGGCAACCACCUCCCUGCCAAGGACAAAGGGAAGACCUCUCUUCGAGUAAAGUUAAUUCUUCACAGAAUAAGGUCUUCUAGAUCCAAUCCCGCUUCUUUUUGUUCAUCUACCGGGUUUCCAUCUUACUAAUACUUUGCAAGUGACGGUGGUGAUCUGCCCUUGAGUGAGGUGCAUCUUUAUCAAAUGCCUGCCACUAACGAGCAUCUGAGAUGACUUUAACUCACGUGCUCCUGGAAUGAAGAAGUAAUGCUGCGGAUCUAUGAUGUACAAAACAUAUUUAAUGUUGGCAGAAAAGUGUUUGCAUUUGUAAAACAGCUUUCCAUUUGAUUUCCAGUUUUUACUCUCAAACUAUAUGAUUUCCACAGGAGAGAUCUAAUGGAGCCCAUUUUACACAUGAGUAAACUGCCGUUCUUAAUCGUCUGACUUUAUUGGUAAGGGGAUGACGCACAUGUGCUCCCUAAAGCUCUGAAUAAGCUGACCGCACACAAGGCCAUAAAGAACAAAGACAUGCUGCAAAACGACGGGCAGCACCGGGAGUGGUAUUGAAAGACUUUCCUCGGUUGAAAAGGAAGCCUGAGGAGCAUAUAAGAAAGCUCUGUACACUUGCAGACAGGAUUGAGCAGGUCCACAGAGGCUGCACCAUCCCCAGUGUGGUGUUCAGUACUGCAGGUGUUGCUUCUGACGUCCUGACCAUCCUGGCCUGGCUCUGGCACCGUGACAGAAGGAGCUAGUCUGAUGCUCUUGAAAACUGGCAUAGUGCUGGGAACAGCGGUUUCUGUGAGUGGUAUUAACACCAGCAUCAUAGAACACUCAGUGACAUUUUCUGAAGCAUCCAAAGCCAUCAGCCUGGUCAUAGGCAACACUGGCCUAGUGAAGGGGAUGCAGGAGUUUGUAGGUGAGAACAUCCUUGACUUUGUUUCCUUAUCUGACCAUGUGUACCAAGUCGCAGAAGACGUUGGGAGGGCCAUCCGUGCCAUCAGACGAGCCAGAGUCAUCCCUCCCUUAGUGGCCAAUGCCAUGCACCCCUUGGCAACUCGACGAGUCUCAGCUGGAACUGGUGCACAGGUGGAGAGAGCUGCUGAAGGCACUGCUCUUGCAAUGAGCAGAUGAGCCUGGGUCAGGGGUGCAGCCACCAGAGGUGUCUUCCUUCUACUGAAUAUGGUCAGCCUUGUGUUUAUCUGGGAGGCCAGAGGACGUGUCUGGUUAUUACACAGGUGCACAGCUGGAGGUGGGAUCCACACAGCUCGGAACAGCUGGAUCUUGCUCAGUCUCUGUCAGGGGAAGAUUCCUCGGAGGACCACACUGUGUCGACCCUCUAUUCCUGCCCCAGGAGGAGGCCCCGCAGUGACAUGGAGGGAGCUGCUUUGCUGAGACUCUUUGUCCUCUGCAUCUGGACAAGCGGACUUUUCCUUGGUGUGGGAGUGAGGGCAGAGGAAGCUGCAGCGAGGGUGCAGCAAAACCAUCCAGGUGGGACAGAUACAGGAGAUCCUCAAGAGAGCAACGUUUCUCUUGAGGGUUACCUUAAUUAUUUCCAGAAAAACGUGAGCCCACAGGAGAUGCUACUCCUGCUGAGUGACAAUAAAGCCUGGGAGAGAGUGGUGGCUACUGCUGAACUGCCCAGGGAUGAGGCAGAUGAACUCUAUAAAGCUCUGAACAAGCUUAUAAGACACAUGGUCAUAAAAGACAAAAACUGGCUCGAAGAAGUCCAGCAGCACAGAAAGCGCUUUUUGGAAGAGUUUCCUCGGUUGGAAAGGGAGCUUCAGGAUAAAAUAAGAAGGCUCUGCGACCUUGCAGGUGAGGUUCAGAAGGUCCACAAAGGCGCCACCAUCGCCAAUGCGUUCUCCAGCACUCUCGGCGUUGCCUCUGGUGUCCUGACCUUCCUCGGCAUGGGCCUGGCACCCUUCACAGCGGGGAGCAGCCUUGUGCUCUUGGAAUCUGUGACGGAGUUGGGAAUCGCAGCCGCCUUGACCGGGAUUACCAGCGGUAGCGUGGAAUACGCAAAGAAGCGGUCGGCACAAGCCGAAGCCCAUGAACUGGUCAACAAAAGCCUUGACACGGUGGAGGAGAUGAACGAGUUUCUGUAUCACAACAUACCCAACUUUAUUUCCUUACGUGUCAAUCUUGUCAAAUUCACAGAAGACACUGGGAAGGCCAUCCGUGCCAUCAGGCAAGCCAGAGCCAACCCUCACUCAGUACCACAUGUCCCAGCCUCACUCCACCGGGUCACUGAGCCAGUCUCAGCUACAAGCUUUGAAGAGAUGGAGAGAGUUGGAGAGAUGGAGAGAGUUGGAGAGAUGGAGAGAGUUGCUGAAUCCCGCACCACGGAGGUGAUCAGAGGAGCCAAGAUCGUUGAUAAGGUCUUUGAAGGCGCCCUUUUCGUGCUGGAUGUAGUCGGCCUCGUGUGCCAGCUAAAGCACUUACAUGAGGGGGCAAAGUCAAAGACAGCUGAGGAGCUGAAGAAGGUGGCUCAGGAGCUGGAGAAGAAGCUAAACAUUCUCAACAAGAAGUAUGAGACUCUGCGCCAAGAACCGUGACCACAGGGCAGGGCAACCACCAGGGGAGAGAUGCCUGGGAUGGGCCAAGACAAAAUGCAAACUUUUUUUUUCUUUUUUUGAGACAUAGUCUCGCUCUGUCGCCAAGUUGGAGUGCAAUGGCGCGAUCUC